CCAUCCGAUCCCGACCGUUUAUUUACUCCCCCAUCACCUCCUCCUCCUCUUCAUCAUCCCACGCAUCGCCAUGCAACUCCCCCACAUUUUCUCUCUCUAAGGACACUCUCGCUUCUCUCUCCAUCUCCAUCUCUCUCUCCCUCUCCUCCUCCUUCUUGCAUGGUCUGAGAUUAAUUCUGAGCCCUCCGUAUCUCGGGCUCGUGGGCUCUGGGUGAUCCGCGAGUGGGGUUGAAGAGGAGGCGCCAACAAUCCGGAAGAUGUCGCGGACUUGCUCGCAGUGCGGGAACAACGGGCAUAACUCGCGGACCUGCGCGGACGGAGGCGGCGGCGGCGCCUGCGCCGCGGAGGGGACCGGCGGCGGCGGCAUCAUGCUGUUCGGGGUGCGACUGACGGCGGAGGGCUCGGCCUUCAGGAAGAGCGCCAGCAUGAACAACCUCUCUCAGUACGAGCACGCCCCGGAGUCCUCCAACAUCGUCGACGCAGGCUACGCCUCCGACGACGUCGUUCACCCCUCCGGUCGCAGCCGCGAGAAGAAGAGAGGAGUUCCAUGGACGGAGGAAGAGCACAGGCUCUUCUUGUUGGGACUCCAGAAGGUGGGGAAGGGGGACUGGAGAGGGAUCUCUAGGAACUUCGUGAAGACGCGGACGCCGACGCAGGUGGCGAGCCACGCCCAGAAGUACUUCCUCCGGCGGAGCAACCAGAACCGGCGCCGCCGCCGGUCCAGCCUCUUCGACAUCACCACCGACUCGUACUUUGGUGGUUCAAGUUCUUCAAAGGAGGAGGGUCAUCAAGCGCACCAAGUACCAAGCUUCCCUCUUUCCUUGCCUCCGGCGGUUUUGCCCGGAACCAGCGAGAAUCUGCUGGAAGGUCUGCGCCUAGGCAAAGAGGGCCACCAGUCGAAACCGACCCCGUCGAAGCCCAUCCGUCCGGUUCCGAUCCUCCCUAUCCGUCCGUCCUCGAAGAUGGCCGCCCUCGACCUCAACAAGGCGACUGUGACUCCGGAACCGGCGGAGCCUUGGCCGCUGUCUCUCAAGCUCGCCGCAGCGGUGGCAACGAUGCCCUCCGACGACCAGCAGGCGGCGGCGGCGACGCCGCACUCGUCAUCGACCAACAGCAUCAUCAGCGUCGCCUGAGGGAAUCGAUGUCCAUAAUCACCCAAUGAUUUGGCUGGCAAUGCUGCUAAACGGUGGGGGGGGGGGGGGGGAUCAUCUUCUAUAGCAUAGAUGAAAGUAGAGAUGAUUAGGGAAAUCUAAAGGGUUAAGUCAUUGUUAGAUUUGUACAGAUUAUGUUGUGCAUGAAGCUAGAGGGGGGAGGGGGGGACAGAAGAUGCGGUGUCGUUUUCGUGGUGUCCAGUUGGUCCGGGUUGGCUGUUUUUGUGGGGUGAAUGGGAGAGGACCAGGUACCUCUCUGGCUAUUGGUCCGGCUUGCUUUGGGAAACCUCAACCUUAGGAAAAAUGAAAAGUAUGUAGUCCGUGAAUAUUCUUGUCUAUAUGUCUCUGUUCUUUUCUCUCUUUCUUUCUUUUUAUUGAAGUAUUUCUGGGUGUACAA